AGUCAAAUCGAGUCCUUGCUGUGAUAUCAAUUCAAGACAUUUGGCGGAUUGGUCAUGUCAGUUGAGUUACCUGAAGCUAAAGCUGAUACUCUCCAAGAAGUCUUCUCAGACAAGUUCCAGUAUAUCAAUCUAGAUCAUUAUAAUAUUUAUCAUUUCGAGGAAAUUUUGAUUGAUGGUCGACGAUAUCAAUUCCGAUUAUCUUCAAAAGGUGAUUUAAUGACAGUGGUCACUCAUAUAGCUGGAAGAGCUGUUCUUUUGGUAUCUGUAUGGACAAAUAUGGAUUAUGAGAAACGUUUACGUGAAAUCCAUCAGCACAUUUUAGAAAUGGAACGUACUGGGACUAUUCCUAUCGAUUUUCGAGGUAUGCUUGGUCGAGGAGGUGGAGGAAAUGAACAAACGGUAUCAUAAUUCUUAACUUGUCUCACUCUCUCUCUCUCCUAUAUAUAUAUAUAUAUAUAUAU